CAAAAACAAAAUUCUAACGUGUAAAAUAGGUAUGUGUUCUUUCAAAUACCUUAUUUAAUUCACGCAAGGAUUAUAAUAAUUUUAGGUUUGUAUCCUACCAAAAUGACAGACCAAAAUGCUGAAAGUUACGAAAUAAAAUCCAAAGAUAAACCCAGAUUCUCCAUGAACAGACGGGUGUAUAAGGGUGUCGUCAUGUUCGACAAUGAGGCAGAGCUGAUCGAAACGAUGGACACUCGACAAGAUGAUAUCUGGGUGUGCAGCUAUCCAAGAUCAGGCACCACUCUGACGCAGGAAAUGACGUACCUCGUGAAAACCCUCGACUUUGAGACGGCACUUACAAAGCAACUAGAUGAAAGAUUCCCCAUUAUUGAUAUCAAAGACGAUCGAUUUCCGUAUUACAAAGGUGUUAAGCACUUUGAUGAAAUGAAGUCUCCGCGGCUCAUCAAAUCGCACUUACCUUACUUUCUACUACCACAGCAACUUAAGGACGGCAAAGGGAAGAUAAUCUACAUAGCAAGAAACGCUAAAGAUGUAGUGACCUCCUUCUACCACCUGUUACUAUGGGGAGACGAACUAAAGGAGAGUGACAAUACAUGGGACCUGUUUUUGGACUCAUUUAUGAACGGGACAGGUGUACAAGGUUUCUGGCCAAAACAUGUUCUUGGAUACUGGGAAGCGAGUCGCCGAUCAGACAAAAUUAUGUUCCUGCAAUAUGAAGAAGUCGUCAAGAGCUUACCAAACACUUGUCACAAAAUCGCUGAGUUUUUAGAUCGGAAGUUGACUGAUGAUGAAAUCACUCGCAUAUGUCAACAUUGUCACGUGGACAACAUGCGAAACAAUGAUCAUGUUAACGGGACUUACUGGAAAACUUUUAAAAGGAUGAACGAUGAUUCAGCUGGACGGUUUAUCAACAAGGGUAAGGCGGGAGCCUGGAAAUCAUUGCUUUCCCCUGAAACUGCUAAAAGAAUCGACGUGUUGAUAGAGAACGUUCGAAAGGGUGGGCUUGAUAUUCCAGAUGAAUAAUUAUACGAAAGAAAAUGUGGAAUAAAGCUUUUAAAACUUACAUUUAUAUUAUAAACGAACGUUAUUGCCUUCAUAUCUUUAACAUAUUUAACGUGAAGAGACCAGAUGUGAGAUAACUGCCAUUUAAUGAAGCCAUUUAGGUUAUGAGUGAGGUUGUGCACAUAAACUGGUUUGAACCCCCAGUAAAUUUACAUUUUACUGAUCCUUCAAAGGCGGUACCCAACAAUCAUUGCUAAACACAUCUAGUUUUUAUUUAGUAUAUAUGCAUAAUUGUGUUGUUUGUGGACUUUUGUGCUGUUGUUCCAUGUUUCUUGUUUGUGAUUUUUUCUGUGUGUUCUAUGUCUUUGGCGUGUACCCUGUGCCAUUAAACGGGUUUAUGUUUAAAAUUUUGGCUACUGGGCUUGUUUCUGUAGUUUUUCAUAUAAAUAUUAAAUCAAAUUAUUUGUGUUUUCAAAAUUCCUUAUUACAUCAAGAACAUAUUGACCAUUUUGUUGAUAAGUCUGUGUUGAUGUUAACAAUUUCAGUUGUAACUAAUUCACUACAGUCGAAUAAUUGGUUCCCAAUAUCGUCCUGGUAACUUGAAAUGGUGUUUGUUUAAAACUGUCAAUAAAGAAAAGUCCACUUAUCAGUGCAUCUAGUGCCGCACUUUCUGUCCAUUUAUAAGUCCAUAUGUUAUAAGUUAUGUUUGCUCUGUUACUUAAUAAUUAGUAAAACAAAUGUAAAACAAUAUUAGCAUAAAAGUUGGAGAAUGUAAGACGACAACCAACCACAGGGGCAUCAUAACCUAGGCAACGGCCUACUUUUUAAAGCGGUCUCUCAUUCAAUUAGAACAAGAUAGGGUGGGCUUGAUAGUCCAGAUGAAUUAAUUGUACGAAUGAAAAUGUGGAAUAAAGCUUUUCAAACUUA